GGGCCCUGGGGCAUAAAAGGGGGGCCCGUGGGCAGCGGAGCCCUCACAUCCCUCAGAAGAGGCCUGCGCUCCCCAAAGCUCGGACAUGGACAUCUUCUCCCCGUCACAGCUGUACUACGCCGCCGCGUCGCCGGACGCCCUCCAGCUGGCCGAGGACGACUCGGACGAGGACGAGCACGUGCGGGUGCCCGGCGCGCCGCCGCACCAGCCGGGCCACUGCCUGCAGUGGGCCUGCAAGGCCUGCAAGCGCAAGUCCAGCUUCGUGGACCGCCGGCGCGCCGCCACCAUGCGAGAGCGCCGGCGGCUGAAGAAAGUCAACCACGCCUUCGAGGCCCUGCGCCGCUGCACCUCGGCCAACCCCAGCCAGCGCCUGCCCAAGGUGGAGAUCCUGCGCAACGCCAUCCACUACAUCGAGAGCUUGCAGGAGCUCCUGCGCGAGCAGGUGGACCACUACUACAGCGGCUCCGAACCCGCCAGCCCCUUGUCCAGCUGCUCCGACGGCACGCCGGACAGCAGCAGUCCAGUGUGGCAGCAGCUCAACUACGGCAGCACUUAUCCCUACGUCAGGAACGAGAGUUUGUCGGACAAGAUGGCGGGUGCGUCCAGCCUGCAGUGCCUGUCCAGCAUCGUGGACCGACUGUCCACGCCCCAUCUGGGUCGCCGACCCACCCAGGCCGUCCCGCCCCACACCAACACGAACGACUCGCAGCCGUGUACGCCGGGUAGCCCCGUCUACCACGUCCUGUGAGGAGCCCGCCGCGGCCGUUUUGGGGAACAGUACACGACAAAAUUGUAAAUAUAACAUUUAAAUGCUCAUUUAUUGCCACACUCAUUAAAUAUUUGCUUUUGUA